AUGACUUCAUCAGAGAGCGCCGAGUCGCCGCAGCUAGAGCUGACAGAGGUCGAAUCCAAGUUACGGCUGCUGCUGCUGGAUGUAGCUGCCUACAUCGAUGAAACCCCCUCAAAAGAAGAUGUCAGUGGAGUACAGGUACCAGCAGAACUUGCAAAAGAAAAGAUUACUCUACGUUGGACGGGAGGAUGGGUGCGUGACAAACUGCUCAACAUCGGCAGCCACGACAUCGAUGUGGCCAUCAACAAAAUGACCGGAGAGCACUUUGGUCUGAAGAUGCAAGAGUACCUUGAAAUCCCAGGCAAUGCAGAGAAGCAUGGUCUCAUCGAAAAGAGCGAUGGGCUGAGUGCACGCGACAAGACGAAGAAGAUUGCACCAGGUCUACACAAGAUUGAGGCAAACCCGGAGAAGUCUAAAAACCUAGAGACUGCUACCACGAAAAUCAUGGGCAUUGACCUAGAUCUGGUCAAUCUCCGGAAAGAAACCUACAACGAAGUCUCUCGCAAUCCCCAGAUGGAGUUUGGUACUGCAGAAGAAGACGCUAUGCGCCGCGAUGCUACUGUGAAUGCCAUGUUCUUCAACCUGCAUACAUGUCAAGUCGAGGACUUUACAGGACGUGGGCAUGCCGACAUGGCUGCCAAGAUCAUCCGAACACCACUGGAGCCCUACCAGACAUUCAAAGACGACCCGCUGCGAGUUUUGCGGCUGAUUCGCUUUGCUAGCCGUCUUGACUACACCAUUGAACCCGAGACUGCGAAGGCCAUGGGGAACCCAGAAAUCCAGGGGGUCCUGAAGAUCAAAAUCAGCCGAGAACGUGUGGGCAUAGAACUGGAGAAGAUGCUAAAGGGUCCUAGGCCUCGAAUGGCCUUGGAGCUUAUUGACCGGUUUGGUCUGUACCGGACUGUCUUUACAGAUCCAACACGUGAGUUGCCCACGGAGCCGGAGACGGCCUAUUUCAAGCCAGCAUAUGAGGUGGUCGAAUCGGUGGUGACAAAAGAAGGCGACGUGCCUACAGUUGUCCCAGAUACACUGUUGAGAAACGAGGACGACAAGUACCUAGCCUGGGUCUGUGCUACCAUGAUGCCUUGGGCAGAUGCCCCCACUGUGCCCCAUCAGAAGCCUCUGCAGCGGCCAUAUUUUGUCGCUUAUCUUGUUGCAAGGGAAGGAUUCAAGGCCCCAAACAAGGUGUGCGAUGUCAUUGCUUCGUCGCUGAGUAACAGUGAGGAGAUUCGCAACCUCGUUGCUCAGUGUGCAAAAGGACUUCGACGGCCCGACACCAUCAACCCAACCAGCGAUCCCACUGCUAGAGAUACUCUAGGAAUGGCCAUUCGGCGUUGGGGGUCUACUUGGCGGACACAGGUACUUUUUAACCUUAUCUACGAGGUCGUGCUCGGACGGGUAUCGAGAGCAGACCUCUUCCGCUCGUAUGCCAGCUUCCUCAGCCGCGUUACUCAACUCAAUCUCCUCGAGGUCGAUACCUUUAGGCCCCUCAUCAAAGGAACCGAUCUCGCAAAAGCACUCAACACUAAGCCUGGGCCGUGGAUGAAAGAAGCAUUGGAUGUCGUCAUGGCCUGGCAGCUGCGCAAUCCCAACACUACCGACACGGCGGAGGCUAUCGAGGCCGUCAAGGCUUCGAGAAGUGAGCAAAACGAAAGUGAGCUUCCCCUUCGCCUAGCCUCACACUUUCUUCAGCUUACCAUCCCACCUCUCUUUCCGCAGAAUAAACCUACGUCGAAUGCACUAGAAGCCUCGCGGCAACCGGCUCCCUGGAAAGAUGCUGGGAAUCAGUACGCGCUCGACUUGUUGGCAUGGACGAUCCGGACGCUGGAUAGGAAAACAAUCGAGGCCAAAUGGCAGUUUCUGAUGCCCCCAAUCCUUAAGAUGAUGGAUGACAUUGAUGUGGAAUGGAAGGCCAAAGGCUGUCACCUGCUCGGUCUAUUACUCGAAGUUUUGCGCCGAACACCAAGUAGUGGUAGCUCACAAAAGGCUACCAUGCAAAAGUCUAGCUCGACGAGCUUCCUCCAGCGAAGUGGAUACCAUAACAUCUUUGCUGAAGCUCUGCUACCCAUGUUCACGUAUAUUCCUUCAAUUACACCAGAGAAGGAAUCAGUGACAUUGUUCCGAGAGGUCUUCCCUGCAGUGACUUCGCUUGCUUUGCUCCUCCCCGAAGAAAACAGCAAAGGCGAUAACAGAGAGCUGUUCCUAGACAGGAUCAUUCGAGAAGGCGUUUUGUCGCCUCUUGGACAUUUCACUACACCCUCUUCGUACCCCGAGCUUGCUACCUUGAUCAUGUCACAGGUCCCUAUUGUGCUGAAUCAUAUGGGCAUCAAUACAGUGAAGCACCUACCGGAUAUUUUGCCUUUGGUUUCGGCGAUUCUACAGGAACCUUUUGUGCUUGCCCACCAGCCACUAGUUACUUCAACUCUAAGAGCACUGCAAAGUGUCAUGUCGAAUGCUUGGCCAAGAUUGCCUGGUCAUCGCGGUGCGAUUAUGAUGGGCCUGUGCUUAUUGUGGAUCAUAUGCUUGGAAGAGGAAGAAAAACCUGGUAGUCAGCCUGUUGAAGAAGUCAAGACGCAGGUUCAAGAAACAGUCGCGAUGCUGGACGCCGUAAUGCAAGGCGUCGAUGAAGCAGGUGUAGUGGAGACAUGGACAAGAGAAAAACAGGAUUUGGUUGGAACUCGGGCAGGAUUUGACGAAAUGUUCAGACAAUGUGUGGGCAAGGAGCCUCGAAACCAGACGGACGCUAGUUAG